UUCAACUCUGGACAUACCAGCGUUUACAUAUAUAUUAUGCUGCAUCUAUUGUUACCUUCAGUACGCAGCACAUUGGUUUCAGUGGUCGUGUUUCGUGCUUUGAAUUAUACGCGAAAUGUUUAAAUAUUGUUGUUUGAAAGACGAAAAAGAUAGUACUGGCAAAAUGGAUCAUUUAAAUGGUCAAUACAAUCCGCCUACUUGUCCUUUCCGUAGUGACAGAGUUGACAUUCAAAGAAAUGGGAAGACAAAUUUGCGCAUCAAAGUGCCUAUGCCGUUGAAGCUAAAGAAUCAUUUAGUUUCGGAAGAAAAUUUCGAUAAUCUACAUUCACGUAUUGAUGAAGUUUCAAAUUUUAACACAAAAUGCACGGAGAAGUUAUGUCAAACAAGUAUCAUGGAUAUACCAAACAGAGGCGAUACUCCGAGAUCACCUGAGGAAAUAUAUAAAGAAGCGCAGACAUUUUUAAAAGAAUAUUUCGCCUCUAUACGCAGAGAAAACUCAGAAGCUCACGUUGCAAGACUAAAAGAAAUUGAAGCAGAGCUGGCUUAUAGAGGUACAUACAACUUGAAAACCCCAGAACUGGUGUUCGGAGCGAAGUUAGCGUGGCGCAAUGCUACACGAUGCAUUGGACGUAUACAGUGGAAGAAAUUACAGAUAUUCGACUGCAGGGAAGUAACGACAGCCAGCGGAAUGUUCGAAGCUCUCUGUAAUCAUAUCAAAUACGCGACGAAUAAAGGAAAUAUAAGGUCAGCGAUAACAAUAUUUCCCCAGCGAACGGACGGUAAACACGAUUACAGAAUAUGGAAUCCGCAGCUCAUCAGUUAUGCCGGCUACAUAGAGGAAGACGGCUCGGUGUUGGGAGACCCAGCCCGCGUCGAGUUCACGGACGUGUGCAUGAAACUGGGAUGGAACCCGCCCCGCACCGCAUGGGAUAUACUACCAUUGGUGGUAUCAGCCGAUGGCAAAGACCCAGAGUUCUUUGACAUACCACGGGAUAUAGUCAUGGAAGUGCAAAUGGAGCAUCCAAGAUACGAGUGGUUCAAAGAGCUCGGGUUACGAUGGUACGCGCUACCGGCGGUUUCUAACAUGCGGUUGGACUGCGGUGGCUUGGAGUUUACUGGCACAGCCUUCAAUGGCUGGUAUAUGGGAACAGAGAUUGGAUGUCGCAACUUCUGUGAUUCUAAUCGACUUAAUAUUAUCGAAGCUGUAGCGAUAAAAUUGGGUCUCGAUACAAACUCGUACGUUUCACUAUGGAAGGACCAAGCGCUAGUCGAAGUUAAUAUAGCGGUGCUUCAUAGUUUUCAUCGCGACAAUGUCUCCAUUGUUGAUCACCACUCUGCCUCCGAACAAUUUAUCAAGCAUUUGGACAACGAAAAUAAAAGCAGAGGCGGAUGUCCGGCCGAUUGGAUAUGGAUAGUGCCACCGAUGUCAGGCUCACUAACGUCUGUGUUCCAUCAAGAAAUGGCCUUGUAUUAUUUCAGGCCGUCAUACGACUAUCAGGAACCCGCAUGGAAGACACACCAAUGGUCUAAGUUAGAAAAUAAUAGGAACGGACACAGAAAGUUUCACUUCAAGCAAAUCGCGAGAGCAGUUAAAUUCACUUCGAAACUGUUCGGGCAGGCGCUCUCGAAGCGCAUUAAAGCAACUAUCUUGUACGGAACCGAAACUGGCAAGUCUGAACAAUACGCUAAAGAACUCGGCAUUAUAUUUGGACAUGCAUUUAACGCACAGGUACAUUGUAUGUCUGAGUACGAUAUGUUCUCAAUAGAACACGAAACCCUUGUGUUGAUCGUAACUUCCACCUUUGGCAACGGAGAACCUCCUGCGAAUGGCGUUGAAUUUGCUGAACAUCUUUUCCAAAUGCUAUGCAAUGAGAAGAAAAACCAAGAAGACCAAGGAGGAGACAUUGCAGGAAACAGUAAAGUACCAACACCGAAAGCUCUUAUGAGAACAAACAGUAUAAUGACACCAACAAUUGAAUACAAGAAACAAUUAUCACGUUUAGAAUCGAAUAAAAGUAGUGUAGCAGGAACAUCAUCAAUAGAAAACAUUGGGCCGCUCAGUAACAUUUGUUACGCAGUUUUCGCACUCGGGUCCAGCGCGUAUCCAAAGUUCUGCAAUUUCGGAAAGACCGUAGAUAAAGUUCUUGAAGACUUAGGAGGGGAGAGACUACUUGAUUUAGCUUGUGGUGACGAAAUGUACGGACAAGAACAGCAGUUUCGCAACUGGUCUUCAAAUAUAUUUCAAGUCGCCUGCGAAACAUUCUGUUUGGAUGAAAAUGAAAUGGUAAAAGACGGCAAGAAAGCUCUAGGCAUGAUGCCGCUGAAUGAACAAACAGUAAGAUUUGACAAACCGAAUAAAGUUAUGCCAAUAAAAUCUGCCCUCGAAGCUGGCUUUAGAAAGCAAUUAUUGACAUGCGUGGUAAAAGAAAACAAGCAUUUGGGAGACUACACCGCCGAUCGUGCUACCAUUUUUGUAGACAUGGAAUCAAAUGAUGAGUUAAACUACGAACCAGGAGAUCACGUUGGAAUCCUCGCCUGCAAUCGUAAGGAGAUUGUAGAUGUCGUGUUAGGAAGAUUAAAAGACGUCGAUGAUUAUGACAAACCAGUUCAAUUACAACUUUUAAAAGAGACAUUCACAGUGUCAGGUGCAAUGAAAACUUGGGAAAACCACGAACGUAUACCGGCUGUGUCGGUGCGGGAUAUUUUCACAAGGUUUCUGGACAUCACAACACCACCUUCUACAAAAGUCCUAAAGUAUUUAGCAAAUGCAUGCAGUCAAAAGAAAGAAAUUGAUUUUCUCAAUGAAUUAAUAGAGGAUUCAAAUAAAUAUGAUGACUGGAGACACCACUAUUAUCCUAAUUUAGCAGAAGUGCUGGACUUGUUACCGUCGUGUAAACCACAAGCGUCAUUGCUAACAGUGUUGCUGCCACACUUACAACCAAGGUUUUAUUCCAUAUCGUCUUCUCCGCUAGCACAUCCACGAAAGAUCCACAUAACAGUGGCUGUUGUCGUCUAUAGGACAGAAGGAGGUAAUGGAUCAACUCACUAUGGUGUAUGUUCCACAUAUCUGCAGAAUCGAAAACCAGGCGAUGAACUGACAGUUUUCUUAAGACGAGCGCCAAACUUCCAUUUGCCUCAAGACAUAUCAGCACCACUCAUUCUUGUUGGGCCAGGUUCAGGGAUUGCUCCAUUCAGAGGCUUCUGGCAUCAUAGAAGUUGUCAGAUUAAAGAAUCCCGAUCCAAGAACGUUGGUCCGGUUUGGUUGUUCUUUGGUUGUCGAUACAAAACUAUGGACUUGUAUAGAGAAGAAAAGGAGGAAGCUUUAGCUAGGGGCGUACUUAGUAAGGCAAUGGUUGCACUUUCUCGAGAGGAAGGAGUUAGUAAGAAACACGUUCAAGUACUGAUCGAAGACGAAGGUGCAAAUGUUACAAGAUUGCUUCUAGAAGAAAGGGGCCACUUCUACGUGUGUGGUGACUGUAAGAUGGCGGAAGAAGUUAAACAAAAACUAAAAGAAAUUAUUAGCAUUAAUGCUAAUAUGACGCCAGAUGAGGCUGAAAAUUGCAUUCUAGAUUUAAUGGAUGAAAACAGAUACCACGAGGACAUCUUUGGUAUCACACUGCGCACGGCCGUGGUACACAGCGCAUCACGGGAAUCCGCAAAACGGACGCGGCUUGAAUCCAUGACUAAUUCACCAUAAUUUUUAUAUUACAAUAAGCUAUAUUUAUUUUAAUAUUAUAUUAUUUUAAGGCAGUAAUUUCUGUUUUGAAUCAAGUAUUUUACGCUUUAAAUAGUUAAGUUUGAAUAUUCUUUUUUUAGGCGUAAUACUUAAAAUGUUAAGUUACUUAGACAUAAUACGCUCUUUAGAAAUAAUCACAAACAUGGUUUUGCAAGAUUUAAAAAGGUAGUGUUCGCAAUACGCUUCUUAGAUAAAACUGAUGUAAGACCGAAUGGGAGUGAAAAAAAUGUUUAGCUUCAUUGUUUGAAAACCUUUACAAUAAUCGAGUUUCAAAAGUGUGAAAAAUGCAAUUAUUAUGUUUAAAGUCACUUUAUAACAAAUCACGAUAAUUUUGUGCUUUUGGUUAGUGUAAAAUGUAUACUGUUUGUUUGGUUACUGUUGGCCUUUG